AGCGGGGGGGAAAGGACAGAGAAAAGGGCGGGCAGAAGCAUGGAUUGUUAACCUAAAGCUCUGGCCUUUGCCGCUCACUCUCUUCCCAUUGUCGUCUCCUCCUCGUCUCUCUGCUUCAUCACUUUCUCCUCUUCCUCUCUCUACGCGCAAUCAUCGCUGCUGUCAGCUCCAGCGGUCAGAUUCCGGACGCUCCAUUUUGCCGGUGUUGCGUUGGUUGUGCCAUGUUUUCUUGAUUGUUCGGGAUCCAUUGAGGCGGUGACUCCGAAUCUGGUGGAAAUGUUGGAAAUUCAGUAGGACUAGGCGGAGGACGACAAGUUGGAAUCUUAUUAACACUGUAAAGUGCUUAAUAGCUGCUCUGAGGUCUCAAUAUGGAGAGAACAGAGUCAAUGAAGUCAAACUUGAAGUCACUUGACACCCACUUCGUUCCUAAGAUUUCUGAAUGGCUUGCUCAAAAUCUUCAAGAUAUGCAGCAAACUUCUAAGCAAAUAAUGAAGCUGAUUGAAGAAGAUGGGAAUUCAGCUCAGGAAAUCGAUGGCUGUGACCUGAAAAAGCUUCAGCUGCUCACUCUUGUUCAAGAAUUUAGCAGCAUGUAUCAAUCUCUGGCUGAUCAGUACAACCAGAUUACAGGAGAAUCUCAAGAAGCAGAUACUCAUCUGGAGCUCCACGGGGAGAGGCAAGAAGCUGGGGAGCCAGUCUCCCAGAAGAGCUCUUCGCAUGCAACUCCUGAAGGAAAGGUCCAGCCUCACAAUCUGGGACAUCAUCAUGUUGGUACCGAUCUGUCUUUCAGCUCUGGUGAUGGAAGCUUUGAGGCUUCUUUGAAGGAAGGCAUUGAAUCAUCAUCAUCAUCAUCAUCAUCAUCCGAUUCGGAAUCAGAAUAUUUCAGUACUGCUAUCAAUGGCUAUCUGGGCACAGUCAAGUUAAUUAAUGGCCUGGGACAGCAGCAAAAGAAAAAUAAGCCUGUGAUUGAACCCAUAGACAUGAACUUAUCAUCCGAAGAAGUGGAUGCUGAUGAUAGUGCAAAGAGAAGUGAAAAUGGAAGUUAUGAGGAGCUUAUUGGUAGAAUAGUGCAGUACGAGGGAGAGCUUAAGGCUCUAAACCUAAAGCUCCAGCAAUCUGAAGAACAUAUCUCACAGCUGAAGAGUGCACUUGACAAAAGUGAGGGUGCUGAACAUGAUCUGCAAAUUCAACUUGAAGCAGCAAAGACUGAGAUGGAAAAGAAAGAUGCUGAUUAUGAAGAGGCAAAAGGCAAAGUUUUGCAACUUGAAAAGCAAAUACUUGAAUCAGAAGCCAUAAUUCUAGAUUCUAAUUACAAGACUGGGAUAUUGAUGACAGAGCUCAAACAAUCUCAGGAAAAGCUUGAGAGGUCAAAUGAAGAUUCAGUUGUCCUGAUUACCAGGCUUGAUUCAGAGAGACAGAAGAUAGUGGAACUGCAAGAAAGAAUCUCAAUGUACCAAGAAGAUGUGUCCGAUCGAGAAAAUGAGAUUAUGAGAUUACAAAAUGUCUGUAUGGAGAAAGAACAGCUGAUAAUGCAAUGGGAGUUGCGGUGCAAACAGUUGGAAGAAAGCUUAAGACAACAUGAAGAUGAGAAGAUUGAAAUGAUGGAAGUUCACCAUGCCCUAGUGCGAAAUAUGCAAGAUCACAUCAGUAACUCAAAGGUAGCAAUCGAAGAGAGGGAGACUCGAAUAGGCAGCCUCAAUAAAGAAUUUGACAUGAUGAAGCUGAGGCAUGACACGGUAGUGGCGGAGAGAGAUGGACUGAAUGCUCGGAUUCAAGCCUUUUUAGCAGAGUUCAGCAACAAAGACAAUCACAUUAAUGAGCUCACUACCAGGAUUGCAACUACAGAGGAAGUUGCAGGCAAGUUGAAGUUGAGGGUGCAGGAGUUGGAGGAAGAAGUGGAAUGGCAGAAAAUUCUGAUUUUAGAUGGGGCCGAGAAGAAGAGAGAAGCCAUAAGGCAACUCUGCUUUUCAUUGGAGCAUUACCGGAUGGGGUAUCACGAGCUUCGUGAGGUUUUUCGGGGGCAUAAGAGGGAUGUUCUUGCCUUGUAGGCCUCGUCAAGUGCAGUAUCGCGUACAUCCUAGUAAUGGCCUGGCGAGGUAAUAAAGGCUCAUCUCUGAAUGUCUGCCUUCAGUCGUUGCUCAUAAUUGUUUGCUGAAGAUUUGUCAGUUUCUUUAUGUUUGGGGUCUCAUUUAAUAACUAGUUUUGUCUCAAGCAGCGUCUUUAUUCGGGAUAUAUGUGCUAUAAAGUAAGGUUUUAUUUUUGUUCAUAACUUCUCUUCUUAUGUGUUCUUUGAACUCCUAGACAAGUAUCGCAAGUAAGGUUGAAUUUUAUGGUAAGGGUUCGAUUAUUAGCAUUUGGGUAAUUCUCUGUAUUGGCAAACUGUAUGGAGCCAAGAAUGCCAUGACCUUAAGCGGGCAAAUCCCAGAACUUACAAUGUUUUUGGGAGUUGAUUUUGGAGGGAGAUGGAGUGAGAGGAAGGGAGAGUAAUUAUGUAGGAUCUGUUAACCUCCCAAUAUGGAGGAAAUAAGGUGCUGAAAGAUUUAAAAAAAUAACAAAAUGGCCAUGAAACCUCUUACCUAGCUAUUCUCUUUUUCAUCCUUCUCUCAAUGACGAGGAGCUCUUCCUUUGGAUGGCGAAUUUGGCAGCAACAAUGUAGAUCGUUGGCAUCAAUCAUGUAGAUCGCUGGCGUCAAUCAUCAAGUUCCCUCAAGGCUCUCUCUCUCUCCUCUUUCCCUCUCUGUUGUUCAAUGAUUCUACCAGAAUUCUGCAUCAACUAUUGAGAUGUUAGGUUGAUUUAUUUUAGAUGCUAGGAGGUUCGGAACGGAUGGAAUAAGAUAGGGCAUGGGCAAUCUUACUUGCGA